AAAAAAAAAAGAGUCACUGAAACCCUACUUUUUUCAAUUUCCUUUCUUUCCCAGGGUCUGAGUCUGAGAGAAAACAGAGAAGAGGCGAGGCGAAACAGAGAUAGAGAGGAGACAAAGCUUGGGUUGUGUCUUGCUUCGUCUAGGAUAACCAGAGCUUCCGUUGGGUCGUGUCUUGCUUUGUCUCCGCCGUUUUCGCCUCUGCUUCGUAGAUCCGCUGUGUUCGAGCUCUGUCGCCGCUUGUACCGGAGUUUGAGUCGAGCGAGAAGAGAAGGCAGAAGAUGGAGUUGGUUCAGAGACAAGGGAAGAUACAACCUGACUCUCGAGCUUCCAGUCUAAGGAGAGGGAGGAGAUGGAGACGGAGAGAAGAAGAAGAAGAGCCGGAGAUUCAAAACGAGAGAAGACAGAAGCAAGUUGUUUGGAUGGACAAGGUAGGCGAGGAACUCAGUAUAGGAGUUUGUGAUGUUUCUGAAGUUAAAGAAGUGAAACAUAAAGUAGAAGAAGAAGACAAACAUGGAGAUGAUUACUCUACCUUGUACAUUCUUGCUUACUUCUUCACCAGAAAAUCUUUUAUGACCGCAAGGGACUUUCCAAAUGCUGCUGCAAAUCAACCACUUCAGGCUCCUAAAGAGUUCAGGAAAGCUUUAAAAAUCACAUCUUUACGGCCUUACAAAUUUUAUAUUCAUUUGAGCAGUUUGGUGAGUUUCUUUCUGCGUAAAAACUUGAGGAAAAGACGUAUAACAAGUUGUAAGAUAUAAUUCUCCAUUCAUAGUAAUCUUUCUCUGUAAAACUUUGACUGAAUGGCUUUGUAGGACGAGCAACGGGUUAUAGAAGUGAUAAUAAGGAUGAUGUAGAAAUAAAAUACAGGAUGAUGAAGAGAAAAUGUAGAAACGGUUGGAAUCUUGAUCAGGUUUAUGUUUCUUCACUCUUACAAUAUUGAUCAUCUAUUUUGGUUUUAUGUUAAAAAGGAUCAUACCUUAUGAACAUUAGCAAUCUGUUUUUCUCGCCACUGCUAAUACAUCAGUUAACAGUUUCGUUUUCAAUUCUGAUCGUUGUGGCUUAGUCUGAAAUGUUUUUUUGGUCUAUCCUGACAUGAGUCUAGAAGAAUUUAAGUCUAGGGUUGUUACUGCGUUGGAUGUUGUUGGCAUGUGUGAUUAUAUGCAGGUUGGAUUUAUGUUAAUUGAUUGACACAAUGAUUUGUUUUUCCUUAUUACAGUGUUUAUAAAAAUUAAGAGUUUGGUUAUUAUUGUUUACAGUGGUGGUCAGAAACAAAGAUGAUACUCCAUUCUCAUGUAUAAAAAUUAGAGUCUGGUUAUCCUUCCCUCUCUGCCUUACAUAACGGGAGCCCAAUUCCAACUAUCUUGCAGCGUUCUGAUAUUAUAUUCUUUUGUAAAACAUAACUGUUAAUGAUACUCCGUUAUCCUGUUUUUGUUCAUCUUUUAGUAAUCAUGUUGCUCUUUUGUUCUUGCUGAUUCCAGUUGCAGGUAGAUCCACUGGAAUUCCUUUCCUUGACCAUAUAUUAGAUGUUCUUGGAAUACUAUCUUGGGAUAUUAUUGUGAUGGGAUAUUAUUGAGGUGCAUCCCUUACGGUUUCUCUGAGAGAUACAGGCUAAGGUCAAGAAACAAAAAUGGGAGUUCAAGGUUUUGAUUUAGUUUCCAUGUUUUCUAGUCCUUUUCAUAUUUACUUCUCAUUUUGUAAUGAUGUUUGUGUAAGAUUUGAUGAAAAUGUAGAGAUAUUUGUGGUACUAAGUACAUUUUGGUUUAUUAAUGAAAUGUAAAUUGAAUAUUA